UCAGUUAUGAUCGUUCAGCCCCUGGGUCCAUCUGGUCUUCUUCACUUCAUGUUUCGCUCUAAUAUUCUUUGA